AUGUUCCUCCAUCGGUGUAACGUUGCUGGAGGAGGAGAGCGAUCCAGCGCCGGGGACCUCAGCAUUGGAAUUAAGGUGAGGGGGGGAGGGGAGGGUGUUUUAACUUGUUCAUGCAUGGAGGGAGAGAUAGCGGAGUGUCCCUCCAAGCACUUUGUUUUCCCUUUGGAUGUAGUGUGUGCAUUUAACAGAAUUUAAUUCUGCAUACCGUAUUAACGUUUUAUUCCUCUAGGUUAUUGGCAAACGCUGGUUACAAUGGGCCCUUGUGUAUUCAAUAGCAUUUCCAUAGCCUAGUGUGCAAACAGAACACAGAUAUUAAAGUACUGAAUUACAAAAAGAUAUGUUAGAUUGUAUAUUGUAACUUUAUGGUGCUUAGAAUAACCAUUUAUUGUGACUGGACUUUCCAGGAAAGGAGAGUUUUACAAAUAUGAUUAGGCUGGAAAAUGCUUACUCCAUCAACCGUUACCAUAUUUGAAUUUCUGUUCAACUCGAGGAAUAAAACAUUCUUGCGGUGUAUUAAUUAACUUUUAACCGUUCCUUAAUUUUAGCAAAGUUGAUCAAGAGAUUGUGAAGAUCCUUCAGGAAAGAAUGAGAGCUUGCCAGCAGAGGGAAGGUCACAGCUAUAUCCAGAACUGUGCCAACGAGGUGGCUCAGUUUACAGAAGCAGCCAAAGGUUACCAGUCCAGAUGUAAGGCUUGUUGCUUUUAUUUCUGUGUGCGCUAGAAUGUCUUGUGGGUGCAACUGGUGAUUCUGAAUAAUGCCAAGUCUUUUGGGGUUUUGUGUUUUGUUUAUAAUAUACCAGCGUGUGCAGUAAUAUUAUACAAUAAAACUUAAUAUAGACCUAUCUGAAGAUAUUGUUUUGACAAAUCAGCCCCUUGCUCAGCAUAGUGUCAAAUAUUAUUUGAUUAUUUUUAAAUGAGAGCAUAUAUUAUAUUGUAAUACAUGCAUAUAUGAAAUUGUGAAGAUGAACCAUAGUUCAAGUAAUAAAGAAUAUAUGAACAAUAUAAAAUAUCCUUCUUAUGGAAAUCAGAUUUCUAUUUAAAUAGCACAACUGAUGGAAGGACUUUUGGAUAGUAUUUAAAAUAAAAAAAUUAAAAUGGGGGUGGGGUGGAUGACAUACUAGCAGUAUUUGAUCUUCUAUACUAACCAUUUUAUUUUAAUUAAUUGAACUUUAGAUUCUAAUUUUAUUUUAAUUUAUUAUUUCAGCAUUUGGAAAUGACUGUCUGAAAUUCACUAUUAUAGUUGCCUUAAGUUGAUUAGUGUCUCACCCUUUUAAUUAUCCAGAUUAGCUGUGUACAGACUGAGGGAGCAAAGCUGGCAUGCCAGGUGGGGGAGUGUCACAUUUGCAAUAUGGGGUUAAAUGGAUUUGAUAAAUUCCAUCUUUCAGGUGAGGAUUUUGUAUGUGUAGGUAAUGGUUUUUAUAUCUUUUUUUUUUUUUUUUUUAGAUCAAGACCUUGGCGCUUAUGGCAAUGCUAGAAAAUGUCUGAUGAAGCAGAAGCACAGGAUGAUCGCAGAAAGGAAAGCGUCGGCGGCAGAGAAAGAGUCUGAAUUCUCCUAA